AUGGCGGAGGAAUGCAAAUUUACUCUUGUAGGUAAAUUCAUCAAAAUCCGUCCCCAACUUGAUAAAAUUCGUUCAAAAUUUGCUGAAAAAAUCACCGUUAAAGGUACUUGUAGAAUUGGGCCAUUUAAUUAUCAUACAGUCUUUUUUGACUUCUUGAAAAAGGAAGAUUUUACGCAUGUUUGGUAUAGAAGGUCUGUAGAGAUUGAGGGACAAGUAAUGUGGUAUGAAAAAUGGUCCCCUAAUUUCAAACCAGAUGAAGAUUCCCCUAUAGUCCUAGUUUGGGUGUUAUUGCCGGAACUCCCAUACCACUGCCACUCUUGGAAUUAUGUAAAACAUAUAGUGGAACCUACUGGUUUACCUCUUACAGUUGACUUUGCCACUGAUCAUAGAACUAGACCAAGCACGGCAAAGGUUAGGCUAGAGGUAGACCUUACUAAACCAAAAGUGAACUCCAUCUUUGUUGGAAUAGAAGAGGAUAAUUCUCCUCUGAAGGGAUUCUAUCAGAGAUUGGAAUAUGAAAAUGUACCAAAGUACUGUAGAUUUUGUAAGAUUUUGGGACACUCAAUUGCUGAAUGUAGAAGGGUGGAACAAAAAAAGGCUGAGGAAAGGAACAAAGCUGAUAAGAACAAUAAGGUUGUUGAGGUAGCUGAAUCAAGUGCCCAAAAACAAAAUGACAUAAUCACUGAACAAGAUCAGAAGGAGGAGCUGUAA